AGAGGGCCUCUCCGACCAGGUCACCCUUGAAGACCAGUCCCGCCAUGGCGCAGCAGCAACAACUGCAGCAGUGGAGAGAAGCCUUUUCGUGCUUUGCAGAUCCACAUCUUCCUCCUGGUCAAGGAACAAUCAACACGAGAGAGCUCGGCCAAUUGAUCCGCGCACUUGGGAAGAAUCCAUCACAGGAUGAGAUGACCAAUCUUCUCCGAGAGGUCGACCCAAAUGGGGAAGGCAACAUUGACUUCAACGCGUUUUGCAAUGUCAUGGCGCGCCCCUUUCGACAGCCAGAAACAGAAGCUGAAUUGCUGGAGUCUUUUCGUGCUUUUGACAGAGAUGGAAGCGGAACCAUUUCCACACAAGAAUUUCGAACUGUAAUGAGGAACUUCGGGGAGCCUUUGACUGACGAUGAGGUUGAUGAGAUUCUGAAGGCCGCAGAGGCAUGCGAAGUUCAAAAGGGGGUAUUGGACUACAGGCGAUUCGCAAAGGUGUUGGGCAACCGUUGAUGACAGCAUGCCUUGUCAUGGUUAUUCAAUUUCAACCGCAUGAUUUUAGAUUGGCUCUAUGUGAUUGUUUGAGUAUGAUCG